GGAGAGACCGCCUGGUUUGAGCACUGCGCCAUGCGGUGGACACAUGCGUUGCCGCUCUUCAUUGCUCCGCAAUUGAGCUUUCAAGCUCUUCGAGUCUGGAGAACUCCACGCAGAGGGGUGGAUGAGAAGGUGGAGCAGGUGGAACAGUACCUCCGGCGGAUAGGAGGCUCUGCCAGGUUGCGGGCGCUGAAGGUGGCUGUGGGAGGGAUCAGUCCAGAUCUCCUGCAGCAGCACUUUGAAUUGACCUCCGACGGCGUGGUGACGUCCAAGCAGGGCUACCAAAAGCACGAGGUAAACAUCAAAGAGUUCCUUGCCAGUAAGGGCCAAGUCCCUGUGGCCACAGUGUCGGACACUUUCCGCGUUCCGAGAAGAUGGCUGGCAUCACACAAAGAUUUUGUGGUGCGAAAUGGAAUGAUUCAGCUACGCGUGCGGCCAACCGGUCAAGCUGAGGUGGAGAUUGUGCAGGAGUACGUGGGACAGCUUUUCGCUUUGCGACCGUCAGAUUUGACGGCGCAGCAAAGCAUCUCGCGUAUUCGGGUUUUUCUCAUGAGCAAGGUGGGGCAUGUCGGGCGAUUGGCCUGUGGCCUGUCGCUUUCGUCCCUUCAAUCGCAUGCCGAAACAGGUUGCGUCACUGCCAGUCAUUGAUCGCAGGAAUGCUUCAGCCUUAUUGCACAAGCUCGGCAAAACAAAAUCAAUUUGUUUUCUGUUCAUCAGGCUUUGCGGCGCCUGAAGGGCAUGUGGCAUCCAGAUGUGACAGAUGGCAGCAAGACGGUUGAUGAGGUAUUUCGCUUCCUUUGCUCUGUUGAUGCGGGUCCUGAUGGCUUCCAGAUUCCA